AUGGGGAGGGGGCCCCCCAGGCCCGCGCUCUGGGCGCUCCUGCUGGCGCUGCUGGGGGCUGCACCGGGCCGGGCCAGGCUCGGCGCUUGCAGCGUCCCCGACGUGCUCCACCACUACCGCGCGGUCAUCUUCGAGGACCUGCAGGCCGCGGUGAGGUGGACCGGGCCGGGCUCCAGACAGCUCCAUUUCAUUCAGAAAAACCUGACUGGAGCCGCGGCCUCCCGAUGGCGGGGCCGGGUGGGAGCCUCCUGUGGCGCCCAGAAGGAGCACAGUAUCCUACUGUCCAUCGUGGCCCUGGGUCGGACCCUACGUGGGGCGGUGGCCGGGGGCCGCCGCGGGGCUCUGGAAAAGGCGGCUUGGACCGUGGCCGUGCGCACCGAGGCGGUGAUGCGGCGCCACUGCCGGACGCUGCGCCAGCGGAGCCGGCGGCCCGAGACGCGCCCUGUUCAGCGUCGGGGCGGCCGGAGGCGGCUCCUGCUGCGCGCCCUGGACACCGUCGCCACCUGCUGGGAGAAGCUCUUCGCGCUGCGCGCCGCGGCCACCGACGGCUCCUGGGGCUCCUAA